GGCUCCCACUUCCUUUUCCUGUACAGUGCAGGCUGCAGGGCUGAACCAGAGCAGUUCUCUCUGGAGAGCCUCAAGCAAGCAUGGAUCAAGAAACCGUGGGCAAUAUUGUCCUACUGGCCAUCGUCACCCUCAUCAGCGUGGUCCAGAAUGGAUUCUUUGCCCACAAGGUGGAGCAUGAAAGCAGGACCCAGAAUGGACGGAGCUUCCAGAGGACAGGAACGCUUGCCUUUGAGCGGGUCUACACUGCCAAUCAGAACUGUGUGGAUGCAUACCCCACUUUCCUUGCGGUGCUCUGGUGUGCGGGGCUACUUUGCAGCCAAGCUCCUGCCGCCUUUGCUGGGUUGAUGUACCUGUUUGUGAGGCAGAAGUACUUUGUCGGCUAUCUAGGAGAGAGAACUCAGAGCACCCCUGGCUACAUAUUUGGGAAACGCAUCAUACUGUUCCUGUUCCUCAUGUCCCUUGCUGGUAUAUUCAAUUAUUACCUCAUCCUCUUUUUCGGAAGUGACUUUGAAAACUACAUAAAGGCGAUAACCACCACCAUCUCCCCUCUCCUGCUCAUUCCCUAACUCUCUGCUGCUCUCAUCCAAUCAAUACCUAGAUGUUGUCAUAACUCAGCCCGUAAAGGAUUCUGCUCUUCUUUAGAUAGCUGUAAAUCUAAUGGCCAUCUGAGCUUCAGAGCUGGAGUUAACCUUGCUUUUCCGGGCAGAGAGUAAUUUGUGUCAGCUCCGCCCCUUGGGGCCCCAGCUUUGUUAUUCAGAUCCAAUUUGUAAGUUUCUUGGAUUGUUCUGCUCUGGGAAGCUGUUUUGUGACCAGAUUUAUGUUUUUCUAAAGUAAAUAAAAUGAAA